AUGUGGCCCGUUGUGAUCCUCCUCUUCGGGGGAGGCAUCCUGUUCGCCAAGAAGGGAAUGAAUUACCUGAAAAAUCAGAAGAUAAAUCCCGGCAGUAAAAAUUUCUUUCCCUCCUCUGGAUUUAACAGAAGCUUAGGGAGCCUUUUUUUAAAAAAUGACAUGAGGGGUUUUGAAAGAAACAUGUCCAAGUCGGAGGCCUACAAAAUACUGAACAUAAACCCGACUACCAACCGGGAGAGAAUUAGGGAAGUCCACAAACAGCUGAUGCUGAAGAAUCACCCGGACAAUGGGGGCUCCACCUAUAUUGCGGCCAAAGUCAACGAAGCGAAGGACGUUUUGCUAAAGCUGUACUCGAAAAACCUCACGGAAGAGAACAUCGACGAGGUGAUCGAAUCGGAGAAAGCAAUAAACGAAAAACUGUCUCUCGAAAAUGAACAGAUAAAAGAAAAAAACGGACAGAUACAGCGUCGACUGUUGAGUUUUAUCCAGGACAAUUUUAUUUUUGAAAGCAACUCAACGGAGGAUGUGCAUAAGUAUAACGGGGUUCUGCUCUCCCUGAUUGAAUAUAUGGAUCGUCUAAAAAUGGUAGACUGCUACAUGAGGAAGGAGACCGAUGGGCUUCUGGAGGAGUUUUUCCGUUGCGUUAAGGAGGCUAUCGUAAAGCAAAGUAACUUGUGUUACCUCAUCAGGGAAGACAUGAACCAACUGAAAAUCAGCGGAAAGGAAGAAGCAUUCCGGAAGCACGUGCUAGCUCUGCGGAAGCUGUACGAGCAUAACAGCGUGCUCCGGGCACAGGUUGCUCUCUUCAACACAUUCAAACUGAAGGACGAAAAUUUAAUUCACGUGGACUUCGAACAGCUACAGAUAAGGUAUAAAAAUUUAAGGAGUAAAGGCACCUGUCUGGAGAAAAAAAUUGAAAACCUCAAUCAGAAAAUAAAGCGAUCGACGGAGAAAAAGCUGCACUACGAUGAGAAGAACCUCUACCUGGAGAAGAUACUGCAAGACAAGCAGACCGCGCUGGACGAAUCGCAGAGUGCCAUAUGUAACAAAAAGAAACUUGUGAAUGAACUGAAAAGGAAAAAGGAUGAAUCCAUUAAAAAGUACAGCGAAGUGGAAACGAGCGUCAUUACGAAAAAUGUAUUCGAGGAAUUUCACGAGAAGAAGUUACACCUGGACAGAUUGAAGGAGAAGCUCGAAGAGGUGAAACAAAAGUAUGAGCGCUUGCAGAAGGCUCACGAGGGGGAGUAA